CCACACACACACACCAUUUGACAGCAACUUCAAAUUCUUCCUUUUCUUUCAAAGUAUUUAAUUAUCUCCUUAUAAUAUUAUCUACGAAGAUCAAGAAGAACCAUUCGAGGCUUAUCAUCUUCUCAUAAUCAUCUUCUCCUGGUUCUCUUGUAUUUGCUACCUUCCCCUACUACUUCUAUUAUUGCUAGUAUAGUAUUGGUUCAAAAUGGCAGCUGCCUCAUCUUUGCUCCGUCGUAUCAACAGCGCCAGCAUUAAUAGCAACAACAAUAAUAAAAACAGUGGUACCUAGAGUAAUAACGACACCACCAGUAUUACUGCUUCAUUGACAAGUGCCUCCCUGCAGCUUACCAACGGUGGCAACAACACUACCAAUAGCAGCAAACACCCCCCGGACACACACCAAUAUCAUUAGCAGUACAAGUAAAAGGAGCAGGUGGGAAGAUGAUGAGGAAGAGGAUGGCUUCUGAGAUGAUGGAAGUGCAAUCAACGAUUACUCACCAAAAUCAUCAGAGGUUAUCUCGAGGUAACAUCAUCAGUGGCACCAACGUGUAUUCACUUUCAAUAUCAGAUAACAACAACAACGAUGAUGAUAAUGAUGUUGGUAUGACUAGAAGUACUGGUGCCUCUUCUUUUACGAGUUGUUCCAACAACAACAAUAUUAACCCUAGUAACCCCAACUCAAUCUUAUAUCCAGUCCUCAACUACCAUGCUACGACUUCUAUGCUACCUUCUUCCACGCACUUGACAGCAAUUACGUCAGGCGGGUCUGCUUCUCUGUCUGUUUCUGGGUUCUUGUCUCCUACAAUACUUUCCACCAACUUAAUUACUAGCUGCGACGACACCCACACCCACAUCCACACCCAAUCCCAACUCCCAGCCGUCUGUGGUUUCUCUGGUCUACCCUUGUUCCCUCCAGCUGAAAUAAAAAGAAACAAUAUCCGAUCAAACGCCGCCGCCGAUCCACCGCCCGGCCUCAUCACUACCUCUAUUACUGCUCCUACUACUAGUACUGUUGCUUCAGUUUCCAUGGAAGAUUUCACAUCCGCCACUGCUUGGAUUGAUGGCCUCAUAAAGGACCUACUCCACACUUCCACCAAUGUGUCCAUUCCUCAGCUCAUUCAGAAUGUGAGGGAGAUCAUCUACCCUUGCAACCCCAAUCUGGCCUCCCUCCUCGAGUACAGGCUCCGUUCUUUGACAGACCCAAUAAUCCCGUCCAAUAUUCUCCCGGUGGAGAGGAGUAGGAAUAAGGAGGCAGCCGCAGCGGUACCAUUACCUCUUCAGAUCCAGAGGCGUUAUAAUCAAGGUCAUGUCUCUAACUCUGGGCUCACUCUUGAUCUUGACAAUAUCGUCUCUAAUUCCGCUCCUCCAGUUUCUUCACAUGUUAGUCACUACUCUAACUGGGGACCGACGCCACCUCUCAUCUGCCAACCAAACAUCCAACAGCAACACCUGCAACCACAAAUCCACCUUGUUCAUCAUGAUCAGCAUCUGCAACAACAGCAGCAGAUGCAACAAGAGAGCCCUUCUUCUACUUCCAAUGUUACACCAACUAUUCUAGCAUUAAAUCAAGGACAACCUCCACAACAGCAAGAGCAAGAUCAGCAGCAGGAAAAAUCAUCAUCUGCAGAGGCAGAACAGGUAAGCAGCACCACAUCCCCUCCCUCUUCAUCAGCAGCAGCCAGCCGAGAUAAGAAAGAAGAGAUGCGGCAGCAAAAGAGAGACGAAGAAGGCUUGCACCUUCUGACCUUACUGCUCCAAUGCGCGGAGGCCGUCUCCGCUGAUAAUUUUGAGGAAGCUAAUAAGAUGCUACUUGAGAUCUCGGAGCUGUCGACGCCAUUUGGAACUUCAGCGCAGCGAGUGGCUGCUUACUUCUCGGAGGCUAUGUCAGCAAGGCUGGUCAGCUCUUGCUUGGGGAUAUACGCCACGCUUCCUUCAUUGCCCCAAAGCCAUACCCAGAAGAUGGCUUCGGCCUUUCAGGUGUUCAAUGGGAUUGGCCCUUUCAUCAAGUUCUCUCAUUUCACAGCCAACCAAGCGAUACAAGAAGCGUUUGAAAGGGAAGAGAGAGUCCACAUCAUAGAUCUGGACGUCAUGCAAGGUUUGCAGUGGCCUGGGCUAUUUCAUAUCCUAGCAUCUAGGCCAGGUGGACCACCAUAUGUCCGCUUGACCGGGUUGGGGACCUCUUUAGAGGCUCUUGAAGCAACGGGGAAACGUCUGUCUGAUUUCGCAGACAAACUGGGACUUCCCUUUGAGUUCAUUCCAGUGGCCGAAAAGGUUGGAAAUUUGGAGCCAGAGAGGCUUAAUGUGAGCAAGAGGGAGGCUGUGGCCGUCCACUGGUUGCAACACUCGCUCUACGAUGUCACCGGUUCCGAUACAAAUAUGCUUUGUCUGUUGCAAAGGUUGGCACCAAAAGUAGUGACUGUGGUAGAACAGGACCUAAGCCAUGCGGGAUCCUUCCUGGGAAGGUUUGUGGAGGCCAUACACUACUACUCCGCAUUGUUCGACUCCUUGGGAGCAAGCUAUGGGGAGGAGAGUGAGGAGAGGCAUGUAGUGGAGCAGCAGUUGCUCUCCAGAGAGAUACGCAAUGUAUUGGCCGUGGGAGGUCCAUCCAGAAGUGGGGAUGUCAAGUUCCACAACUGGAGGGAAAAACUACAACAGUCCGGGUUCAAAGGCAUCUCUCUUGCUGGGAAUGCUGCUACACAAGCCACUUUGCUCCUUGGCAUGUUCCCCUCUGAUGGUUAUACAUUAGUGGAGGAUAAUGGCACCCUCAAGCUUGGUUGGAAAGACCUUUGCUUGCUCACUGCAUCUGCCUGGAGGCCUUUUCAUGACACUAUUGAAACUGCCACUACCAUCCCUCACCACCACCACCACCACCAACAACAACACCACCACCACCACCACCACCACCGCUUUGUCACUGCCUAGCUAGCUAUCUGGUUAAUUUGCUUGCCUACUUUUCAUUGUUGUUCCCAAACAGCAUGAAUUAAACCUUUUUGUUUCCAUCCCAUUUUGUCUUCUACAUUGGACUAUGGAUAUAAAAAGCUUGCAGAUAGUUUUUAUUCGUCAUGUAGAGUAACCAGACGCUUUUUUUUUCAAGAAAAAAAUUUCAUCC